GCCCAGCCCUCCCUCCGGCCGGCGGCGUGCGGGGCAGCGGCCACCCCCCGCCUGGCUCCGUCCCCGAGCGAGCUGCGCCCUGCCCUGGGCGGGGGCCGGGGACCCCGCCUGGCCGCCCCCUGCAGCGCCCCGGCGGCUGAUUCCUGCCGGGAAGGGAGCGGGGCUGGCUCGGGAGAGCCGCCGCCGCCCGCUGCCUUUGUUCGGGGACAUGCAACAGUUCCCCCGAAGUUGCUGCCGCGGCUAGAGCGGGCGCCCGGCUGCUCCGGCCCCGCCGCGAUGGGGAGCGAGGACUGAGCCAGCCCCGUGGCCCCGGGCAGUGCUGGGGGCCUGGCGGGGAGCGUGGGGGCGGACCGCUCUCCGCAGCACCAUGCACUGCCUGGAGCCUGCAGCGUCUUCCCGGCUAGGGGGGUCCCGGGGAAGCGGCUUUGGGUUGGUUCGUGCCGGGGGGGCGGCUGGCUUUGCCCAACUCUCCGUAGGAAGAGCCUCCCGCUUCUGAGCGAGGCGUGGGGGAGAAGCCACUACCUAUUGCCAUUAGCCCUGGGCCAGCGAGCCAGCCCCCUGCGGCCAGCCCCUUGCCCCUGGCCACUGGGAGGCUCAGGGGCCAUUGGUAAGAAGCUCCCUGGAUUUUGUUUCGAAUCCUGUUUUUUUUCCGCUGGCAGCAAUGAGGGACGAUGCCGGUUGUAUUUCUUACUGGUGAGCAAAGUCAGGCUGCUGGGGGUCUGCGCUUCCACUGAGGCGGGCACAGAGAGGGCACCCUGCCCUGGAGCCGCUGAGAUCUACUGCCCAGCCACAUCGCUUCCCGCCAGGGGCUACCCAGACCAAACGCUUUUGCAUGAAGCCUGGGGGAGGCGUUUCGGAUGAGGCUCCUGGUGGCUUGGCUAUACCAUGGGCACCAAGCACACCAAAGGAUGCCAGCCUCCCGGUGCAGGGGAGAGCCCCCAGUCUCACAAUCCAGGCUCCCGCAAGAAGAUGCCAGCUAGGGACCGGGGAGACUUCCUAGCAUCCUUCAUGGUGAAAUCCAGUGAUAAGUUUGGGAAGAGUGGUGGCAACUUGCCCCCUUACCACCGGCGGAUCGGUAUGAUCCAGGACAUGCUGCUGCUGGUGAAGCAAGGGAAACAGGAUGAGGCAACUGAACUGCUGAAACACCUGCGACAGGACUUAGGAAUGGAAUCAACCUCUCUGGAUGACGUCCUGUAUAGAUAUGCCAGCUUCCGAAACCUGGUGGAUCCAAUCACCCAUGACUUGAUCAUCAGUCUCGCUAGAUACAUCCAUUGCCCCAAACCGGAGGGAGACUCGUUUGGAGCCAUGGAGAAGGUCUGCAGGCAACUGACCUACCACCUCAGCCCUCACUCGCAGUGGAGACGCCAAGGGAUCAUGAAGAGGAAGCCUCAGUCCUGCUUGAAAGCUAUCCUGGUGGGGACGCCUCAGAACAACACAGUAGAUCUCUCUGGCAUCCCUCUGACACUGAAGGACUUGGACCGCAUCAUCUCAUACCUCCAGCACAGCUCAGAGCACAUUGACAAUGUGGAGCUGUGCUUCACGGAGCUGACUGAUGAGAUGUUCCUUCAACUUCUGCCCAUCCUCAGUGCCCUGCCUCACCUCACUACUCUCUCCCUGAAUGGCAACAGACUCACCAAAGCAAUCCUUCGGGACCUGACAGAAACACUGAAAGACCCCAAGAAGUUCUCCAGUGUGACGUGGAUUGAUCUGGGCAACAACGUGGAUAUCUUUUCUUUGCCGCAGCCCUUUUUGGUCAGCCUCAAGAAACGCUGUCCCAAGCAAGGCAACUUGCCAACCAUUCUGGAGUUCGGGGAGGGCCAGAUGAGUGACUUGGAAAGCCAAGAGGGCCUGGCGGAGAGUCAAGAGGAUCUGUGCUCAGCCAACGAAGAUGGAAACCAACCUGACAAGAUCAACAAUGCAGGCACCAGACGGCUGUUGACAGAGAGAACAAUUGAGGUUGGGACGCUCACAAAUAAAUGUGACUCUGAGCAGGAAGCUGCUUGUGAGGCAGCUCAGACAUGAUGUUCAGCUGUGUGUCACGUGGCUGGGUACUUUGAAAAGAGACACUUUAAAACUGAUACCUCACCUAUGAAGGUUCUUAUUAAGUGUUGAUUUACAUGUUCAGAUGUCUACACAAUCAAUGGUUUGAGACUUUAGACUGUUGCCUCAUCAGUUUCCUCUCAUCAUAUGAAUGUCAACCGAUUUUGUUUCACAGAGAACAUAAAAAUGUGAUCAAGUUGUAUACUUAUAUUUUAUAAAGCUGGCCACGUAUUUUUAAACAUUAGCAAUGAGCUGUGCUUUUUAUCUCUCUCUCUCUCAAAACAAAA